UUUUUUUAGGCGGAAUAGCCAAAAGUAGGUCAUUUUGCGAAACGUGUUUUAAUCGACAAAACAAUACACUGUAAAAUCCUCCUUUGUUUAUAUAAACGAAAAUCUUGUUAGAAUUAGAGUUCGAAAUAUUAUAAUCGAUACAUCACCAAAAUCAUUUAAAGGAGAGAAUUUAAUUAAGAAAAUUACACUGUAUUACAACAUAAGAAAUGAGAAUUUCGCAUGACAGAAUUAUUUAACUCCAAACCGUUCUUUUGUUCGUUUUAAAUUCAUUCGUCAUUUUCAAAAUAUUAACAUAUGUCCAAAACGAAAAAACAACAGAGCUUGCAUUUUGACCUAAAAUCAUCCCGAAAGCGAAAGAGGAUGUUAAAAGUAGACAGUUAACGAUAGCCCAGGCAUCGAAAUUUCUGCCUACAAUAAAGUGUCGGAAAUUUAAAUUCCAAUAAUGGCAGCUGUUAUGGGUCGGACUGAGGUCGGUAUAAGAAAGGUUGGCGGGACUGCAACUGUACCCAAUGACCCAAAGGCCAGGCUUAUGUACUAUUUGAAUUGUAUGUGCUCAGUACUUGACCUCAGUGAUACAGCAAACCUGACCAGGCUAAGAAACUACAAAGAAUACUAUUCACUGACAGAGGCGGAAACAGACGCUCUCGUGACUCUUUGUUUUCUUCUGUCACCGGACGAGCUUUGUGGAAAAGUAAUUUUUCAGGAUGCGGCCAUGUGUGGAGAUAGCAGCAAUGAAUUCUAUGAAGUUAGUGCUGUUCACCACAAUCUGCUGGUCUCGGAUUCCAUUAUUAUCGGCGGUCAACGUAGAGCGGUCUCAAAAAUUAUGGCGUUCAAACAAGAAUGGCUUGUGAGAUACUGGGUAGAGCCCAUGAAAGAUUUCGCCCCUCGUCUUGCUAGGAUUGCGAGCGCUGUUACCGGAAGAGGUACUGGCGCUAAUACUGGAAGGGCACCUCCGGCACGUGCGGUCGCGUACAGAGCACCAACUGAGCCUCAAUACAGAAGCAAUUACAGCAGCACCGAUGAUAACUGUUGCUGCACAAUACUGUAGCGGGCGGUAAUUGUUCAUAUAUGAAGGAAAAAAGUAAACAAACUGCAGCAUUUACCAAAAGAUAUAAAGUAGACUUAUGUGAUAUGUAUAUUAUAAUUUGAGAUAUGAAAUUUAUCAUUCAAAUACUGAUUAAGGAAGUUAUUUAUUCGUGGAACUACUAAGUUAAUCUUUACAGAUAACCUUAAUUUUGUAUAUACGGGAUAGCUUUGACAACAUGACCUACUUUAAUUUGUUGAACUAUUUAUUAUUUUAUUGAUCGUUUGACAAAAUUCGGUUAAUAACGGGAUGGUAAUGCAUUGAAAUUGAGCAUAUGCAAGGACUAAACGUAGAAUAACAGUUAUAGAAUACUGGUAGUUCUUUAAAAACUGUCAUUUUUUAGUCUGAGAUAUUCAAAAUGGAGAUCGCGACAAAUUAGUUUGCCGUUGUUUCGCAUUCUGGUUGACAUGCGCAAAAGCUUUAUUAAGGCCACCUUAAUGUCACCCUUAUAUUAACGGAAAAAUAACUUAGUUCGUUUAUCGCAAUCAAUAAGAUAAAAAUGUUACGGUCUUACCUCAGUUGGGUACUAAGCAAGCGGCGUGUACUCGCUUUCAUUUACCUCCAUUAUUGGAAACUGCAUUAUGUGUAAUUAAACUUCGCAUGGCAACCGAACAGAAUGAUUAAAUGCUAUAUCUGCCGUGUCCUUGUGUGGCGCACCGUCAGUACGAGGACUCGACAAAAUAGAAAAUAAUACAGUGUCGUCGCAUGGGGUGGGGAGUUGCAAACACGACAAAUAAUUUAUCGUACUGUGGUGAUAUCGUUCUGACGGGUGCCAACACCUCAGCAAGACAAACAUGAUGCAAACAUCUCAGCUCGACACGGUGCCAAUAUCUUAGCAUGACAUGGCAGAAACGAGCAACCAUAAAGUCAUAUCAUGUUAACUAAAAUUCUGGUCAGAAUAUUUUGCAUUUGUCCAAAGAAACCAAUCCAACUGUCUUCAAAACUUUAACAUGUAAUAAAAUUUAAACAAAUAUUCCUUGGGAGCAGAUUAUACUAUGCACUGUCGCUUUCAUUUAAUUACAAUGUAUGUUUCAAUAUAAAUACUAGAUACAGUAAUGUUGCUUCAGAAUGACAAAACUUUACUUUUCAUGGUUCAAGAGCAUUCUGUCUUCUAAGCAUCUAUUUUCUCUAGGAAAACCUCUCCGUGGACUUUUGAAUAAGUUCAUAAACUUGCUUUCUAAAGACAGUUUCAACAAGAAGGAACAAAGUUGAACACACGGUUCAUUUAAUAUUUGCAAUAUCAGGAGGAAAACACAAAUUUGAUUAGCAUAUUAUCAUAUGCAAAUAAUCUUGCAAUUUGGAAGAAUGCACCUAAUGUAUAAAUCAAAAUUAUCUUCACAAAAACCUAACUGUAUAAUUUGCCAGCAAAUAUAUUUUUAAACGUACAUCAACUCAGAAGCGUGCAUGUAGGCGUAUUUAGGUUUACUUUUAAUUUUUUCAACAGAGUAUUAUGCAAGCAUUUCAUCCAAAAGUAUUUCUUUAUCUGUUUUGCAUGUUUGCUGCGCAGAUAAGAGUUUAAAACCUAGCUGUAAUCUUCUAGUUGUAAGGUCUCCCAAACAAAAAUACUUAAAAGCCUCUGACAUUAACUUUAUUUGCUACUUUCUGUUAACCUAAUAUACCAUUUUAUUUUUGCCAUUUUAACGCCAAGCACAAGAUAACAUUUUUUUAUGUUAAUAGUUUCUGUUUAUCAAACUUUAUGUGUAUAUUUUUGUAUGUUGCCAAUACGCGAUUGUUCCUAUUAAUACAUGAUCUUGUUUAUAGACAACAUUGAAAAAAUACAAUUAUUUGAUCACUAACACCUCUUGUUAAAUAAAGCCUUACUCACUUUAAUAUAUUGACCUUUAGAUAAAGUGCCUACACUCCUCAAUUAAUCUUUUGCAAAUAAUCUGAAUAAUUGUUUGCGAAGACGGGAGCAGAAACCAUCAAAAUACUAGCUGGUUGACUUCUCAAUUCAAUGCCGUGAGAGUAGACAAAAAAGUGAAUGAAUUAUUGCCAUGCAAAACAAAGUUCCCUACUGGAGUUUGAUCUAUCAUCUCAGCUAUAGCAUAACACAAUGAUCUGAUAUUUGUCAAUGAUGUACGUACAACAUUGUACUUUAUAAAUAUAUGUUAUAACAUAUAACGUUUGGAUUAAAAUAUCAUCAAAAAGUUUUUCACUUUUAACAGAAAUUCAUUUUUAGAUUGGUGGGAAAAUAUAAGAAGGGAAGUUGUUCUGAACACGUUACACCAGUAAUUACUUUUAACUGUGUCCAUAUGACACAUGGGCUUUACAGACUGGACGGGAAAAGAUCAAUGUUGAAUUUGACCCUCAAGUGUGAGCUUGACCUUUGAGAUAGGGGUAUGGGUAUUGCGCAAUGAGGCUAUUUAACUACAUAACAUUGUCAUUGCAAAACAUGUCACUACAUAACGUGGUUACUUCACAAGAUGUCAAUACACACUACACAUGUCAAUACACAACGUUAUCACUAUACAACGUUGUCACUAAACAAAAGGUCAAUACACAAUUUUGUCACUACACAACAUGUCACUACACCACUGAGAUUAAUCCAAUUUAUUAUAGGUUUUGAAAAAAAAAUAGACAGUUAACAUGUACAAUAUUUUGCAACACUUUGAAAUCAUAUAAGGUUGUCGUGACACUAUAUAUGUGCUCCACAGUAAUCAAAUGCCUUAUGUCUGAUUGAUCUCAUACCACGUGAAACGAUAGGUUUUGCUGACAUCUGUCCCUUUGUCACUGUGAAGAAAUAGCUUCUUGAUCCCGGAAGGAAUAGUCACUGAUUAUAAACAAUUUUCAAAUUCAAGCUCGUUAAAGGGUAAUAUCAACUGCUUUAUCUUUUCGUUAUUGUAUAUUUUAAUUAUCAUUUUACAUGGUAGUGUUUGUUAUUAAAAUAGAUAGGGAGACAUAUUGUUUCUGACUGCUAAACAGUUUGAUUGUUUACAUAUCGACGGUGAUAUAACAUAUCACGAUAAGCAAUAUGAAAAAUAGCUGUUACUAUUGCGUGUCACGCGCGUCUUUUCAUACGCUGAUAAGGGUAAAUAUGAAAUAAAAUUGUGUCAUAAAACGGAUCGUAUCAUCAGAAUCUAACGGCGCCAUGGUCGGGAACAAAAUUAAUGUGCUCUUCUUACAACAAAUGCUGUAGAAGCAUGUUCUCUCGUGCCUCUCCACAAACAAAAGCCUACAAACAAGGAAGAUGCUGAUAUUACUGAUUGGACCGAUAAGCAUAAAUGAUAACUAUCAAUAUAUUUUAGGGUGCUAUAUGGGAAAGGUAGGAGGACUUGACAGGAUUCGUGAUUAAAGUGUAUGGUUUUUUUUUUUGUUUUGUUUUUUUUUUUCAAAAACAUAUAGUUCUUAAGUUUAGCUAUAAUAUGUAUAUAGGUUUCAGAGUAAAUGUGAAAAGGUAGCAGAAUUUGUAACUGGCAACACAGGUAAUAAUUUCCUUUAUGCAACUGACUACUUGUAUAUUGAACUACAUGUAGUCAGUUUCAUAUAACCCCGAAUUUUUUUCUGGUUUAUGUUUGAUUGUGUAAUUUGUUUGCAGACCAAUAUUUAUAAUGUCAGCUCUUGUUCGUCAGCGGUUGAAGGUUGGGACUGAACGGACCGGGCAUGCAGUAACUAUUGCUCCCAAUCCAAAGGCUAGACUUAUGUAUUACCUCAACAGUAUCUAUUCAAUACUGGAUCUCAGUGGCACAGCAAAUCUGUCUAGACUAAGGUAAUCUUGUAUGUACAAGCAACUUAAUUCACUUGAUAACACACUUUAGCGACUGUUUCAGUUUUAAGUUACUGCGUAAUCGUUGCUAGUUUUUUUCUUCACUAAAAGUCUUUUUGAAAAACUAAAUUGUAUUCUUGCUUAUCUGUAAGAUCGUUGCUCCGAAUUCGCGACCCUUGAUUCAGUAGUUCGACGGCUUCACACUUGACUUAACUACAGUUCUGUUCUCGCGUAGUCUUUCCUUUGCUGCGUGGUCAUCAACUCAAGUUUGAAGAGACAAUGUUUUUAAAAUCCCCCAACGUACUAAAACAUUCUUUUGAAAUUCAUCAGUGUUUAUUUCUGAAAUUUCUAUCCAAACGUUGAAUUGUAGAACAUGAUUGAAACAAAUAUCUGUAUUCGUUGGUUAAAUAAAAACUGAGCGUUCUGUUUUGCCGUUUUAUAUAAAAUUAAAUGUAUAAUGUUACAGUAUGUAGGCAAAAAAACUGUAAAACGAAAGUUGAGUCUAAUUUUUAAUUACUUUUAGCGGGUACAGUAAUGCAACAUUGUGAAACUUGUCCUGAUUCCUUUUUCUCAAGAUUACCAUGUCUAGUGUUUGUGCAAUCUACAAGCAGAGUUGUCGUUCGUUCCUCACCAUACACGGUGUGCAAGAGAGUGGUGUUUGUGUUGUACUGCUUAAGAGUCCUAAGAUAAAUAAAGCAGUGCCGUCCUAUAAAAUAGAGAAUGCUUCAUUUUUAUACAGAAAUUAUAGCCCGUACCAGACGUUGUCUGAGGAGGACAGGGAUGCUCUCGUGGUACUUUGUCUGUUACUUUCGCCUGACGAGUUGAUUGGAAAUAUCAUUUUUUCAGGUAGUUUAUUCCGUUUUACUCAAUGUGUGUUCUACCUGCAUUCAUGACCAACCUAUCGAAAGAAUGAUUGUAUUUUCCCUGAUUUUAUCUUAAGUUGUUAAUGCACAUUGUUGAUAGCAAAUGUAUCAGAAUUAUAUGACGCAUGCACACCAACGUCAAACAUUUUGUUAUUGUCAAUAAUUUGCUAUCUACCUGUUAAGUAGCCUGGCCAAGAUCUAAAUAAAACCUGAUCCUUUACCUCAUUGUUUGUCUUCUUAGUAUUAUAAAUCAUAGUUGCUAACUGGGCACACGUGUACAAAACAAGCAAAUUGGUUUUGACUUGGAUAAAAUACAGCCAAAAGCCACGCUUGAGAUGAAUUCAAAGAAGUUUAAUAUACUUAAUUUCUGUGAAUGAGAAGUCAUUGAAAUUCCUUCCACCACGAAUGGUUCAGAUCUAAUAAUUACAAUAGACGACUGCUUAAAACUGAUUAUAUACCUUGCCUAAAUUUCUAACUAGAAAUGUAAAAACGCCACAAAUAUAGAUCUACAAAGUCAAGGUCAGUUCAUUCAGACUUUAACCGUCACGGCGCCAUUCCGUGUUGAGGUAUACUAGGAUACAGCAAAAUAUUUUUUUAAUUUUUAUACAGUGGCUGUUCUCAUAAACCGAUAUCUAAUGUUUGAGCGAUCGUCACAUCCUUCGAACUCUUGGUCAAGUUUAUAAGUAGUCAGUCAGUUGUAUUGAUUGUAUAAACCUCUAUUAGCCAUAUAGAAUAAUUAUAAAAUUUAAGUUUACACGGCAAGUGGUUAUCGCCCUGAUAAAUGCAUAGUGGAAGGAUAAAAGGUGGUCUCCUACCGGGAUAACCUUGUCUUUCCCCAACUGGUAAGCCAGAAAAAAUCAUCUCCAAUUCUGAUAUAACGGACUAAUUUAAGCUUAAUAAAACUGACU